UGGAUUUGGAAGCAUUUGGAAGCUUUCCUAAACAGCAGCAUCAUGCCAUGUUUUGAUAGGCAUUUUUGAUCGCUCGGGGAGCAGCCUCUUAGGGCGCUUUUCGUUGUCUGGUGGUUCAAUCUCAAGGGAGUUAGACAGGUGGAGGCGAAGCUGACACGGAGCCAAAGUUUAGGCGGUUUCCUUUUUAGGGCUGAUCUGCCUUCAUCGGUCCGUCUGCUUCUUUGCUUCUUUUAUGAGACCAUUCAUAACAGCCUGCAUCAGCGGCACGCGGUGGUGUUCUGGACACGGCAUCACGCCGUCCCUCUAUUGAAAAGGCGAUUACGUAGGAGAGAUCCUUGUAUCGUAAAACGGUGAUGGGUAAGAGAGGCGCAACUAUGAUAAAGCCGGAGGAGACCCGUGUGGAGACGCCUCCCCUGCCUGUGGCCAAGAAGUGGUACAACUAUACAUGCGCGGCGCUAGUGGUGGUUUUUCUCGCAGACUUUGCAUCGGCGCUGAGCCUGUACUGGGUCCUCCACCCUACCCACCUGGUCCCCUCCUUCGCGUUCUUCUGGCGCUCCCUGUGCGACUUCCACAAGGACUCCCUCGACCUCGUCGUGUUGGCCCUUGCGCGCGCUCUGCUCCUCCCAGGCAUCGCAUACAUCGCAUCCUGUUUCGCCCACCAGGCGGAGAGUUCCGCCUCCGAGCAGGCGUUGAGUGCGGCGCUCAAGAAAAAGUCUGCCUCAAAACCCAACGGACUGCCAGUCAGCACACAGAAUGGGAAUGACUUGCAUACGCCCCUCUUGGGCGGAGACGCUGGCAGCAGCGCGACAGCAAGUACGGGUAGGAGGGGUAGUCCCCUUGAAAACGGUGUGGGGUCAAAAGCAAAGGAAGGGGACUCAGAAGACAAGGAGGGCCCUGGAUGGUGGGAGGCAUGGCUGACGCCAAAGACGAAGAAGGACGUGUUGCUGUUUGGGUCUUUCCUGCUGUGCACGGCGUUCCAGGUCUUUGUUGGCGCCAAGUGCGUUGCCUUCUACUUCCAGCGUGAGGGCCUCGAGGGUCCCCUGAUGGGCAUUGCCGUGCUGUGGAUCAAUCUGGAGUCCACUCUUACGGGGCGGCUUGUCGAGGCGUACCAGACCAAGGUGCGCGCGCGCUUCCGGGAUGCGCAAGAAAAGGCCGCCAAGGAGGGGGGAGAGGGCGCCCGAGCGGCGUCCGCUCUUUUGGGGGGGCUCAAGGGCACGGGGCAGGCGGGGAGCAUGAUUCUGAUGGACCCAGUUGCAGCGGCGCGCGCUUUGAAGGAGACGCAGUUGCGGGGGGAUAAGGGCGUGCGAGAGGAGUCGGAUGUCGGGCAGCGAACGUAUCUGUUACGCGCCUUAGGUUUGGCGCGCCAGGAGAUCGGGACAAUAUCUUUGGGGUUGCUGUGCCUGGCGCUGACGAGUGGGAGCGGGCUGAUCCUGCCGCACUACCAGGGGAGCAUCCUGGACCGCGUGAUCGCGUUCGACGAGCCGGGGUUCCGGCGGGACGUGCUGCUGCUCGUGAGCUUCUCCCUCGCGACGGGCAUCUUUGGCGGGAUCCGCGGGCUGUGCUUCAGCGUGGUCGGAAAGCGCGUGCUCAAGACGCUGCAGGACAAGCUGUUCACAGGGAUCAUCAAGCAGGACGUCGCGUACUUCGACGCGACGACGAGCGGGGAGCUGACGUCGCGGCUGACCAACGACGUGGGGUCGAUGGCGGAGCCGCUCAACUGGAUGAUCAGCACGUUGCUGCGCAGUUUGCUUCAGUUGGCGGGCGGUUUUCUGCUGUGCUUCUUCACGAGCUGGAAGCUGUCCAUGCUGGCCUUCACUACCAUGGCGCCAAUCAUGCACAUCACUGCCACCUACUCCCGCUGGUCGCGCGAGCUCAACCGCAAGCGCUAUGCGUUGCUCGCCGAGGCCAACUCCGCAGCGUCGGAGGCGCUGGGCAACAUCCGGACGGUGCGCGCGUUUUCGACGGAGGACCUGGAGCUGGACAAGUACCAAAAUAAGACGCUGGCCGCCAUGACCAAGGGCGUCACUGACGCCUUCGCCUACAGCUUUGCGGUCGCCAUCAACAACUGGCUCGACCUUGGGGCCAGCGUGCUCAUCCUCUGGUACGGCGGCGUGCUAGUAAUGGCGGGCCACCUGUCGAUCGGCAAGCUGAUUACGUUCCAGCUGUACUGGAACCAGAUCCAGAGCGGCUACCAGACCGUGAUGCAGGUCCUCAUGUCGCUCACACGCGCUGCCGGGGCCGCGCAGCGCGUGCUCUCUCUUGUUGAUGCGCUGCCCGACAUCGACCCGAACGCAGGCACGAUGGUGUCCACGCUGGAGGGCGACAUGAAGCUGGAAGAUCUGCACUUCUUCUACCAGAUGCGGCCAGCGCAGAAGGUGUUGGACGGCAUCAACCUGCACGUGGCCCCGGGCCAGGUGUGCGCGCUGGUGGGGCGCAGCGGGGGCGGCAAGUCGACGAUUGUGCACCUGCUGAUGCGCUUCUACGACCCGACGGGCGGCCGUGUGCUGCUGGACGGGUGGGACCUGCGCAGCCUCAACCUGCGCAGCGUGCACCGCCACAUGGGCGUCGUCGCGCAGGACACGCAGAUGUUCGCCACCAGCAUCGAGGAGAACAUUACCUACGGCGUCGAUUCCUAUACCCAGGACGAGUUGCACGAGUGCGCGCGCAAUGCGAACGCGCACGAGUUCAUCCUACAGUUCCCUGACGGGUAUGCCACGCGGGUGGGCGAGCGGGGGGUGCGCCUCUCCGGGGGCCAGCGCCAGCGAAUUGCUAUCGCGCGCAUGCUCCUGCGGAAGCCGAAAGUACUGCUCUUGGAUGAGGCGACUAGCGCCCUUGACAGCGAGAGCGAGGCCCAGGUGCAGCAGGCGCUGGAUCGGUUGAUCCAGCAGGGCGGGCGGACGGUGGUCCUCGUGGCCCACCGGCUGAGUACGGUGAAAAAUGCGGACACGAUUGUGGUGCUGGAUAAAGGGAAGGUGGUGGAGCAAGGGACGCACGACGACCUGCUGCGGCAAGGUGGGGUUUAUGGAAAGCUUGUGCAAAGGCAACUGGCAAAAGAACGGAACAAGAUUGAAAAUCCUGAUGUCGACGGUGCAAAUCAGGCUUCGGAUGAGAUAGACAGCCUCCUAGAGUAACUCGCGGCCCGCAGCAUCUCACUGUUCGAUCCAAACUUAGAUGAUUGCAACUCAAAAAUCGAAGCUAUUCACGCGGCCACAGACAAUGGGUGCACCAGAGGUAAUAUUUCAGGAGUUGUUCGUUUCAAAGGGUAUGCAAAUCCUUGUACCAUACGCGUUUACAUUUCAUGCCGCCAUCUCAAUCAAACCGGCC